AUGGUGAUUUCAGCGGAUGGUCCUGUCAAGCAGCAGCUGGUUGACAAGCUUCCAAAGCACUUCAAGGGCCUCAAAUUCGGCAUCCAGUCGAACCAGGAUAUUGCAAACCAGGCUGUCCUUGAAGUUUCCGAUCGACUUCUCUAUGAUAUAGAGAAUAAUCGCGCCCCCUUCCGACAUGGCCCUCUCGAUCCUCGUCUUGGCACAUCCAGCAAGAUUGGAAAAUGUGCAACCUGCCAAGAAGGACUGCAGAACUGCACGGGCCAUUUCGGCCAUGUUCGGCUGCCCUUGCCGGCCUUUCAUGUUGGCUACCUUCGAUUCAUCAUGUCUAUUCUCCAAGAAAUUUGCAAGGAAUGUGGCCGAGUUUUGCUCGAAGAGCCCGAUCGGCGUGCCUUUCUGAAAGAGCUGCGACGCCCAUAUCUCGACAACCUCAGGAGAACUCAAAUUUGCAAGAGAAUCAACGAACAAUGCCGCAAAUCUAAGACCUGCCCUUACUGUGGCUCCGUCAACGGACAAAUUCGCAAAUGGGGCGUUCUAAAGCUUACGCACGAUAAGUUUUCGGCCUACAAUAAAUCAACUGCUAUCAAGAAAGUGCCCCCUCCGAGUAAAGUCAAGUUCGAUGGCUCAUUCGCCGAUGCCCGCCAUGAAAACCCAGAGUUGGAGAAGCACAUUCGCAAAGCGCAAGAGGAUCUCAAUCCUCUCCGAGUCUUGAAUUUGUUCAAGAUGAUCAGUCCCACAGAUUGCGAAUUGCUCGGUCUUGACCCCAACGAAGGUCGCCCAGAAAUGUUCAUCUGGCAGUUUCUUCCGGCGCCUCCCAUUUGCAUCCGGCCUUCUGUGGCGCAGGACAAUGCAAGCAACGAAGAUGAUCUUACCACAAAGCUGGCCGACAUUGUAUGGGUCAGCGGUAUGAUACGCUCAGCUCUUCAAAAGGGCUCGCCUGUCCAGACCAUCAUGGAGCAGUGGGAGUAUCUCCAAACCCAGAUUGCUUUGUAUGUCAACAGCGACGUCCCAGGCCUCCAGCAGCCUGGGUUUGGAAAGACAACAAGAGGCUUCUGCCAGCGCUUGAAAGGAAAACAAGGCCGCUUUCGUGGUAACUUGUCUGGGAAGAGAGUUGAUUUCUCAGGCCGCACUGUCAUUUCCCCCGAUCCCAACCUGGGCAUCGACCAAGUCGCUGUUCCUCAGCUUGUUGCCAAGAAUCUCACCUACCCCGAGCGUGUCCAGCGACACAAUCUGGAGAAGCUUCGAGAGUGCGUACGAAAUGGUCCAGACGUAUGGCCGGGUGCGCAGCGUCUCAUAAAAACUGAAGAGGGGGGCUACAGCAUAUCUCUCAAGUUUGGUGACAGGGAAGCUUUUGCCAAAAGUCUGACAGCUGGCGAUGUUGUUGAACGCCACCUCGAAGAUGGUGAUGUCGUCCUUUUUAACCGCCAGCCUUCGCUUCACAAACUCAGUAUCAUGAGCCACUUGGUCAAGGUUCGCCCAUGGAGGACAUUCCGUCUCAAUGAGUGUGUCUGCAACCCUUACAAUGCAGACUUUGAUGGAGAUGAGAUGAAUCUCCACGUUCCCCAGACGGAGGAGGCUCGUGCCGAGGCCAUAAAUCUUAUGGGCGUCAAGAACAACCUGGCAACACCUAAAAACGGAGAGCCCAUCAUUGCAGCAACGCAGGACUUCAUCACGGCGGCAUUCCUUAUCAGCAGCAAGGAUCGAUUCUAUGACCGCAAGACAUUCACAUACAUCUGUAUGCACAUGAUGGAUGGAAAGACGCAUAUCGACCUCCCACCCCCCGCUAUCAUCGCACCGCAAGCGCUUUGGACGGGCAAGCAAGUAUUCAGCAUGCUUAUGCGUCCAAACAAAGAUUCGCCUGUGAAGAUAAAUCUGGACGCCAAAUGCAGAACCUACAGGGCGCGUCCAGGAAUGUGCCCAGAUAUGGAUCCCAAUGAUGGAUGGCUUGUUGUCCGCAACUCAGAGGUUAUGUGUGGUCGCAUGGAUAAGUCCACAGUCGGUGAUGGCAAAAAAGACUCAAUUUUCUACGUCAUUCUCCGUGACUUCGGCCCCGACGAGGCCGUCAUUGCCAUGAACAGACUUGCAAAACUUUGCGCUCGUCAACUCACGAAUCGCGGAUUCUCUAUUGGUGUUGGUGAUGUCUUCCCCACGGACAGCCUCACGAUGAAGAAGGAAAGCCUUGUCUCCACAGCUUAUAAACAGUGUGACGACCUGAUUGAGACUUUUAAGCAGGGGAAGCUCGACAAGGCUCCUGGCUGCAACAUGGAAGACACCCUAGAGAACGCUAUAUCAGGCAUUCUCAGCAAAGUUCGACAGCAAGCUGGCGAGUACUGUAUUGACACAUUGAGUCGGAACAACACUCCGCUGAUCAUGGCCAAGUCCGGAUCCAAGGGCUCGGACAUCAACGUGGCCCAGAUGGUAGCGGUCGUGGGACAGCAAAUCAUUAGUGGUAGUCGAGUUCCCGAUGGUUUCCAGGACCGCAGUCUGCCUCACUUCCACAAGAAUGCUCGCCAGCCACCAUCCAAGGGUUUCGUCAAGAAUAGCUUCUAUACCGGCCUCUUUCCGACCGAGUUUCUCUUCCACGCUAUCUCGGGCAGAGAAGGUCUAGUUGAUACUGCUGUCAAGACUGCAGAAACCGGAUACAUGUCCCGCAGACUGAUGAAAUCAUUGGAGGAUCUGUCGACGCAGUACGAUGACACAGUACGAACGUCUGGCGGUGGCGUUGUCCAGUUCCAAUUCGGAGCCGACAAACUUGACCCGGUUGACAUGGAGGGAUCAGCCGAGCCUGUCCAUUUCCAGCGCACGUGGACCCACGCUGAGACCAUCACAUGGGACAAUGCUGAGCAGUCUAUGACGCCGACCGAGAUCCGGGCGUUCUGCGACUCCAUGCUUGAGACUGAGCGCAAACGGUUCCCACGACGCGGACUUUUGAACAACGAAGUGCUGGAUUACAACGACACAAGCGAUUACGCCAUUGAUGACCAUGAGAGCGGCAGGAAUUUUCUACGUGCAAUUGAGAAGCACGUGGAAGGUCUGGCCACCAAACUCGAGAAGGUCCGAAAGCUAGCUGGGUUCGAGGGUGACAAGAUGACUCGGGCAACUGCUCAAGUCCACGCCGACCGUACCGCAAAGGUGUCGGCUAGCACGCUGAGGCUGUUCAUCCGGCUUUGUCUGGAAAAGUACAAGAAAGCCCACGUCGAGCCUGGUCAUGCGGUUGGUGCUGUUGGUGCUCAGUCCAUUGGCGAGCCAGGUACUCAAAUGACAUUGAAAACUUUCCAUUUUGCUGGCGUUGCUGGCAUGAGUAUCACGCAAGGUGUUCCUCGAAUCAAGGAGAUUAUCAACGCCUCCAAGACCAUCAGUACACCCGUCAUCACAUGCCCUCUACUGAAUAACCAGCAGAUUGAGGCAGCAAGGGUGGUGAAGGGUCGAAUCGAGAAGACCUAUGUUUCUGAUGUACUGCGAUUUGUCGAGGAUGAGUGGCGCACUGAUGAGGGCAAUGUCGUUCUCCAGAUUGAUUCAACUGCACUAUCAGAUAUGCAUCUGGGUAUUGGUGUGUAUGAUAUAGCUGAAGCAAUCUGCAAGCAGCGCAAGCUUAAGAUCCAGCGAUCGGAUCUCCUAGUGAGUGGAGAGCGAAUCGUUAUUCGGGUACGAGAUGGAGGUUCCCUGGCCGCAAAGAGGACAACCAAGAGCAAGUCGGCUGCGGAGGAAAGUAGUGAUAUGCUCUUGAGGGCGAACUUUCUCCGCCGCAGCCUUCCCUCGGUUCCCAUUUGUGGAUACCAAGAUGCCACACGAGCCAUUAUCGAGACCUCAGAGCAUAACACACACAAAGUUUUGGUUGAAGGUUAUGGCCUCCGAGAGUGCAUGACAACAGAAGGUGUGAUUGGCACUUCAGUCUGCUCAAACAAUAUCAUGGAAUGCCGCGACAUUCUUGGUAUUGAGGCCGCCAGGACGACCAUCGCAAAUGAAAUCGGCCAGGUCAUGUCUGGCAUGGCAAUUGACCCUAGACAUAUGCAGCUCCUUGCAGAUGUCAUGACAUUCAAGGGUGAAGUUUUAGGUAUCACUCGCUUCGGUUUGUCGAAGAUGAGAGAUAGCGUGCUGCAGCUGGCCUCAUUCGAGAAGACUCCGGACCACCUGUUUGAAGCAGCGGCUGGGAUGAAGACGGAUCAGAUCGAAGGUGUUAGUGAGUGUAUCAUCAUGGGCCAAACCAUGAAGGUUGGCACAGGAGCUUUCCAGGUUGUUCGCCGCUUGGGUAUAAGUCCAGGCCAACUCUCUCAGAAGGCGGCUGUGUUCGAGGAUGCCUGGGCAUCGGAGUUGGCUAUGAAGAAGAAGGCACGGCGGAAGAUGUAG